AUGGGUGUCCUCUCAGCCUUCAUCGAAAACCUUCCGCGACCGCCUCCCAAGUCGAGUCGCGAGUCGACCAAUGUCAUCGCCAUCUUCCGCUCCCUCACCUUCAUGCAGUACAUGCUGUUCUUCUCGGGAUGGCUGGCCUGGACGGUGGAUGCCAUUGACUACUUCUCCGUCUCGCUGUCGAACCAUUCGCUCUCGAUCUACUUCGGCAAGCCUCUCAAGACCAUCACGACGUCCCUCACCCUCACCCUCCUCUUCCGUCCCCUGGGCGCCGUCAUCUUUGGCCUCCUCUCUGACCGUUACGGUCGCCGCUGGCCUUUGAUUCUCGACCUCCUCAUCUGCGGCGCUUUGUCGCUCUCAACCGCAUACUGCAAGACGUUCGGCACCUUCCUCGCCGUCCGCUCGCUCUUCGGUAUUGCCAUGGGCGGUAUCUGGGGUCUCUCCGCCGCUCUCGGCCUCGAGAACAUGCCCGUCGAGGCUCGUGGCAUGUUCUCUGGCAUCUUGCAGCAGGGAUACGCUGUCGGGUACCUCCUCGCCGCCGUCAUCAACCUCACCCUCGUGCCCAAGCACCACAACAACUACCGCAUCCUCUUCUACUUCGCGGCUGCCGUCUCGGCAUUCGCAGCUAUCGUCCGCGCCUGCUUGCCCGAGUCCGAGUACUUCCUCAAGCGUCGCGAGGCGGAGAAGGCGUCCGGCAACGUCGUCAGCUCGGCUGAGAAGUCCAAGAUAUUCAUCAAGGAGGCUGGCCGCGCGCUCAAGCUCCACUGGGUCCGCUGCAUCUUCGCCCUCUGCCUCAUGACCGGCUUCAACUUCUUCUCGCACGGCUCGCAAGACAUCUACCCGUCCUACAUGCAGGACUCGAAGGGUCUUUCGGCUCACCAGGCGACCAUUGCGACUAUCAUCGGCAACUGCGGUGCUAUUGCAGGCGGAACGAUCGCCGGCUACGUCUCUCAGUUCCUCGGCCGCCGCCUGACCAUCAUCGUCUGCUGCCUGUGGACCUGCGCGUUCAUUCCCCUGUGGCUUAUCCCCAAGUCCUUCGGUGGUCUCGCGGCGGGAGCCUUCAUGGUCCAGAUGGGCGUCCAGGGGGCGUGGGGCGUCGUUCCGGUGUAUUUGGCUGAGCUCUCUCCGGUCGCCUUCCGUGCUGUCUGGCCUGGUGUCGCCUACCAACUCGGCAACAUGGUCUCCUCCGCCUCCGCUCAAAUCGAAGCGACCGCCGGCGCGAACCUCAAGACGGCUACCGGCAAGCCCGCGUACGGCAAAGUUGGCGCGAUCCUCAUCGGUGUCGUCGCGGCGUGGAUCAUCGGGUGCUGCUUGCUUGGAAGGGAGCAGCUUGGGUUGCACUUUGAGAAGGGAAAGGCGGCGUUCGAGAAGGGUGGUGGACGCGAUGAGAUUGAGGAGCUCGACGAGGACGCGAUGGACCCGCACGCGCACCACGACGUCGAGAAGGCGCCGGAGCACAACAAGCUCGGCCAGCCUCUGCACCGCGAGUCGGCUUCGAUGACCGACGAGAAGGCGUCCAACAUCUCGUCGGCGUACUAA